CAUCACUAAUGUGUAACUAAUUAAGCAAAAAAGAAAAUGAAGCAUUUUAGCCACCCCCAUGCUUUAGCAAUCUUUGAAGUUCAAGAAUCAAAUGAGAUAAUCUGCUCAGGCUGUGAGAAUAAACUUUGUGGCACUACAAAUUACAAAUGCACAAAAUCCAAUUGUGAAUUCACCCUUCACAAAUCAUGCUUCGAGUUACCAAGAAAGAUACUACAUAAUUCCCAUCGCGAUCACCCUCUCACUUUGUACCCUACUUUACCAGAACGAGACUGCAUGUAUUUUGGUUGCAAUGCUUGUGGUGAAGAACCAAAAUCAUUUGUCUACGAAUGCCUCGAAUGCAACUUUAGUCUCCAUGCUAAAUGUGUAACAUCUGUAGCUGAAAAUAUAACUCGUGAGGAUCAUCAACAUUCCCUUAUACUACAAUAUGAAUGGCCAUUUCCUAUUGAAGAUUGUGUGAAUAUCUUUUGCAAGGUUUGUGAUGGACUUUGCAAUGAUAGCAAUUGGCUUUAUUAUUGUACUGAGUGUAAAUUAGGCACACAUUUACAAUGCGCAACUAUUAAAAGAGAGGAUGGUUCAAGCCUUGAGAAUGAAGAAACUGACGAAGAGAUGACUAAUGAGCAAAAAUUAACAAUGGCUACGAUCAAAGCUCAAGGACAACAAGCAAGGCUUACGUUUCAGGCUCAAAUGGCAUAUAUGAACGCCCAAACUAUAACUAAUAUGUGGCGUAGCUCUCAUCCUCCUUAUUAAUGUUCCAUUUCUUCUUCGAAAUAUGAAAUAAAUAUCUUAAAUGAUAUCUGAAUAAUGAAUAUUCCACUGAAUACUUGUUAUUUUUUGUUUGUUUUUGGUUGAUAUCUGUUUUGUAUUUCAGUCUUUAUUAAACAAAAUAAAAAAUGAUUAUCUCGA